AUGGCUGCUUCAUCUGAGAGGUGGAUCGACGGUCUUCAGUUCUCGUCCUUGUUAUGGCCUCCUCCACGAGACCCUCAGCAACAUAAGGAUCAAGUCGUUGCUUAUGUCGAAUACUUUGGCCAAUUCACAUCAGAGCAAUUCCCCGAUGACAUUGCCGAGUUGGUCCGUCAUCAGUAUCCAUCAGCUGAGAAGCGACUUUUGGAUGAUGUGCUGGCAACGUUUGUGCUUCAUCACCCGGAGCAUGGUCAUGCAGUAAUUCUUCCAAUCAUUUCAUGUCUCAUUGAUGGCUCUCUGGUGUACAGCAAGGAAGCGCAUCCGUUUGCUUCUUUCAUAUCUUUGGUUUGCCCAAGUAGUGAGAAUGACUACUCGGAGCAAUGGGCUUUGGCGUGCGGAGAGAUCCUUCGCAUUUUGACUCAUUACAAUCGUCCCAUAUACAAGACUGAGCAGCAAAAUGGAGAAACAGAGAGAAAUUGUCUGAGCAAAGCUACAACUAGUGGUUCUACGCUUUCAGAGCCUAAGGCUGUAUCACCAGUGCAGCAUGAAAGGAAGCCGUUAAGGCCUUUGUCUCCAUGGAUCAGUGAUAUAUUACUUGCUGCUCCAUUGGGUAUAAGAAGUGACUACUUCCGUUGGUGUAGUGGUGUAAUGGGUAAAUAUGCUGCUGGAGAGCUCAAGCCGCCAACUAUCGCUUCCCGAGGAUCUGGUAAACACCCUCAACUGAUGCCUUCCACGCCAAGAUGGGCGGUUGCUAAUGGAGCUGGUGUCAUACUGAGUGUUUGUGAUGAUGAAGUUGCUCGAUAUGAGACUGCUACGCUAACAGCGGUUGCUGUCCCUGCUCUUCUUCUUCCCCCACCAACGACAUCCUUAGAUGAGCAUUUAGUUGCUGGUCUUCCAGCUCUUGAGCCAUAUGCACGUUUGUUUCAUAGAUAUUAUGCCAUUGCAACUCCAAGUGCUACUCAGAGACUUCUUCUUGGACUCUUAGAAGCACCGCCGUCGUGGGCGCCAGAUGCACUUGAUGCUGCUGUACAGCUCGUGGAAUUACUUCGAGCUGCUGAAGAUUAUGCAUCUGGUGUAAGGCUACCCAGGAACUGGAUGCAUUUGCACUUCUUGCGCGCAAUAGGAAUUGCAAUGUCUAUGAGGGCAGGUGUUGCUGCUGAUGCUGCAGCCGCUUUGCUUUUCCGCAUACUCUCACAGCCGGCGCUGCUUUUUCCUCCGCUAAGCCAAGUUGAGGGAGUAGAAAUUCAGCACGCGCCUAUUGGUGGCUACAGUUCAAAUUACAGAAAGCAGGCAUGGUUUUUAUUCUUUUAUUUUCUUUUUGAUAUAGAAGUUCCUGCAGCAGAAGCAACCAUUGAAGCCACUGCUCAAGGAAUUGCCUCAAUGCUUUGUGCUCAUGGUCCUGAAGUCGAGUGGAGAAUUUGCACUAUAUGGGAAGCUGCCUAUGGAUUGAUCCCUUUAAAUUCCUCAGCGGUUGAUCUUCCCGAAAUCAUUGUCGCUACCCCACUGCAACCUCCUAUAUUGUCAUGGAAUCUAUACAUUCCACUCCUCAAAGUACUUGAAUAUCUUCCACGGGGGAGUCCUUCGGAAGCAUGCUUGAUGAAAAUAUUUGUUGCCACCGUGGAAACAAUCCUCAGUAGAACUUUUCCGCCAGAAUUUUCCAGGGAACAUAUCAGAAAAGCUAGAUCGAGUUUUACCACUAGGUCAGCGACCAAAAACCUUGCUAUGGCUGAGCUUCGUGCUAUGGUCCAUGCUCUGUUUUUAGAAUCAUGCGCUGGUGUGGAAAUAGCUUCACGCCUUAUAUUUGUUGUGUUGACUGUAUGUGUUAGCCAUGAAGCACAGUCUAGUGGGAGCAAGAGACCGAGAAGUGAAUAUGCUAGUACUGCCGACGAGAAUCAAUCUGUAUCUGACAAUCAAACAACUAACCGUAAAAGCAGGAAUGUCAAGGGACAGGGACCUGUGGCAGCAUUUGAUUCAUACGUUCUUGCUGCUGUUUGUGCUCUUGCCUGCGAGGUUCAGCUGUAUCCUAUGAUCUCUGGAGGGGGAAACUUUUCCAAUUCUGCAGAGCCUGCAACUAUUACAAAGCCUGUAAAGAUAAAUGGGUCAUCUAACGAGUAUGGAGCUGGGGUUGACUCGGCAAUUAAUCAUACACGCCGAAUCUUGGCAAUUCUAGAGGCACUCUUUUCACUGAAACCAUCUUCUGUGGGGACUCCAUGGAGUUACAGUUCUAGCGAGAUAGUUGCUGCGGCCAUGGUUGCAGCUCAUAUCUCGGAACUGUUCAGACGUUCAAAGGCUUUGACGCAUGCGUUGUCUGGGUUGAUGAGAUGUAAGUGGGACAAAGAAAUUCAUAAAAGAGCGUCGUCAUUGUAUAACCUCAUCGAUGUUCACAGCAAAGUUGUUGCAUCCAUUGUCGACAAAGCUGAACCCUUAGAAGCCUACCUCAAGAAGGAUUCUCUGACCUGUUUAAACUGGAAACAACAGAACACAUGUGCAAGCACCACAGGAUUUGGUACAGCCAUGACAUCCUCGUCACGUAGUGAAAUGAGUCCAAGAGGCAGCCAUAAGUAUGCUAGACAUUCAGAUGAAGGCUCAGGGACUAGACCCUCAGAGAAGGGUAUCAAAGAUUUCCUCUUGGAUGCUUCUGAUCUUGCGAAUUUCCUCACAGCUGAUAGGCUCGCGGGAUUUUAUUGUGGUACACAAGUUCUUCUGAGGUCAGUACUUGCAGAGAAACCGGAGCUUUCUUUCUCCGUUGUUUCACUGUUAUGGCACAAACUGAUUGCUGCUCCUGAAAUCCAGCACACUGCGGAAAGCACCUCUGCUCAACAAGGGUGGAGACAGGUAGUUGAUGCACUAUGCAAUGUCGUAUCGGCAACGCCAGCAAAAGCAGCUGCAGCAGUUGUUCUUCAGGCAGAGAGAGAGUUGCAGCCUUGGAUCGCCAAAGAUGAUGAAGAAGGUCAGAAAAUGUGGAAAAUCAACCAACGUAUAGUCAAAGUGAUGGUGGAGCUCAUGCGCAAUCAUGAGAGGCCAGAGUCACUAGUGAUUCUGGCAAGCGCAUCGGAUCUUCUUCUGCGGGCGACUGAUGGGAUGCUUGUUGAUGGAGAAGCUUGUACAUUACCUCAACUUGAGCUACUUGAAGCCACGGCGAGAGCGAUACAGCCGGUGCUAGCUUGGGGGCCAUCUGGAGUAGCAGUAGUUGACGGUUUAUCCAAUCUAUUGAAGUGUCGUCUACCGGCAACGAUACGGUGCCUUUCACACCCAAGCGCACACGUGCGUGCGUUGAGCACGUCAGUGCUACGGGACAUCAUGAACCAAAGCUCCAUAACCGUAAAGGUAGCUCCGAAACCGGCGGCAGCAACAGAGAAGAACGGAAUGCACAGCCCGUCGUAUCGGUUCUUCAACGCGGCGACAAUAGACUGGAAAGCAGAUAUCCAAAAAUGCCUCAACUGGGAAGCUCACAGCUUGCUCUCCACGACUAUGCCUACUCAGUUUCUUGACACCGCGGCUCGAGAACUGGGCUGCACCAUAUCCUUGUCGUCCCAAUAA